GUCAGGCGAAAUCACUCGGUGCCUUCCUCACUGUCGUUGGCCUGGCGUUCUCGGCGCUGUUGAUCAGGCUUUUCCCCAUUCAGCCGGACGAUGCAGAGUGGUCGUCAAUGUGGCUCGUGACUGCUGUGGUGGACUACUACGUGGCAGCGAGCUGCUUCUGUGCGGUGGCGGUUGCCACUGAGGGCCCUCGCAUGGGCACAGUUUGGUCUUUGCUGACCCUCAUCCUCGGCGCCCCCUUCGCAUGCGCGUACACGGCCUUGCACAUCUACCGCACGGGUAGCUUGCGCUUUCGCGACUUUUGGUAUGCAGCAGUGGACACGCCGCCCAGUCAGGAGAAGAGGUUGCCGGCCUCAACCAGCACGCUUCUGGUGGUCUUUUACGCCGUCGUCGGGAUCGCGUUCGCUUCCCGGCUCGGCUGGACGCUCUUCACCUACCCCUUGCUGCCGCUUCAGACGGAGGUGCUUUGUGGAUCAGCAAAGAUCCAUGUGAGUUCGGCAGGCGAUUACAACGCCCCAAAAUGCAUUUCCUGGAAGGGCUUGAAUGGCUUUGCCAAUUUCCACACCAUCCUGAAAAUGACAGGUCACCCGGUAACCCAACUUUGCAACAACUGA